CAGGAGAUGGAUGAGAUUCUUCUUGACCAAACUCACAUAUGGAACCACAUUUUCCACUUCAUAAACUCAGCUUCUCUAAAAUGUGCAGUUGAGCUAGGCAUACCAGACAUCAUUCACAGCCACGGUCGACCCAUCACGCUCCAAGAAUUGGUCGACGCCCUCCAUAUCAACAAGGCGAAAGCCCAUCAGCUAGGUCGCCUCAUGCGCGUCUUGACUCGUUCCGGCUUCUUUCUAGACGCCAAAAUCACGCAUGGAAACGGAUAUGCCCUCGCACGCCCCUCCUUUCUUCUCCUAAAGGACCAUCCCUUUAGCCUCGCACCUUUCGUGCUAGGGGCCGUUUGUACCAUAUUCACGGGUCCAUGGCACGGCGUCAGUGAAUGGUUCCGCAACGAUGAUCCCACGCCGCAUGUAACGGCCUACGGGAGAACAUUUUGGGACUUGGCGAGCCAGGAUCCGGAGAUUAACCGUUACACUAACCAAGCCAUGGCGGGUGACGCCCUGCUUUUCAUGACUUUGAUCAGGAAGUAUUGUAGGGGAGUUUUUGAGGGGUUGGAUUCACUAGUAGAUGUCGGCGGUGGCACCGGGAUGGUGGCCAAAGCCAUUGCCGAUGAGUUCCCGGAUAUGAAAUGUACAGUGUUGGAUCUUCCACAUGUUGUUGCCGGCUUGGAAGGGACUAAGAAUUUGGCCUAUGUUGCCGGAAACAUGUUCCAGGCCAUACCUCCUGCACAGGCAGUUUUUCUUAAGUGGAUAAUGCACGACUGGAAUGACGAGGAUUGCGUUAAAAUACUGAAGAAAUGUAAAGAAGCAAUCCCCCAUAGAGAAAAGGGAGGAAAGGUGAUAAUUGUUGAUAUGAUUCUGGAUGCCACCCAAAAUGGAGAUCAAGAGUCAAUACAAAACCAAAUUUACUUGGAUUUGCAUAUGAUGGUUUAUCAUGGUGGACAAGAGAGAGCAUUAAAAGAAUGGGUGAAAAUCUUCUAUGAUGCUGGAUUUACCGACUAUAAAACAACCCAAAUUGGAACAAGGUCUCUCAUUCAACUUUUUCCUUAA